AUGGAGGAGAUGAUGGAGGAGGUGAUGGAGGAGGUGAUGGAGGAGGUGAUGGAGGAGGUGCUGGAGGAGGUGAUGGAGGAGGUGCUGGAGGAGAUGAUGGAGGAGGUGAUGAAGGAGGUGAUGGAGGAGGUGAUGGAGAAGGUGAUGGAGGAGGUGAUGGAGGAGGUGAUGGAGGAGGUGAUGGAGGAGGUGAUGGAGGAGGUGAUGGAGAAGGUGAUGGAGGAGGUGAUGGAGGAGGUGAUGGAGGAGGAGAUGGAGGAGGUGAUGGAGGAGGUGAUGGAGGAGGUGAUGGAGGAGGUGGUGAUGGAGGUGAUGGAGGAGGUGAUGGAGGAGGUGAUGGAGGAGGUGAGGAUGGACUCGAUGAUGGCCGUGUAG